CUCACUGCCUGCGGCUGAUCGCAGGCCUUUCUCUGUCACGGUAUCUCUAAAGAGGUCUUGCGAAUUUGGCAUCACGAGCCUUCCUUCCCUCCCGUGGAGUGUGCACUCCUCGAGGCACCAACGCCUUUGGCGAUCGGUUGUUGAGCCUUUUUUUCCUGAGUCAGAUAGAUAGAUAGAGAGCAGGAGAGAUGGUGAGGUAUGGACCACCUGAAUAGCACCGCAAAUCAGGCAAACAGAGGCACUGGGCUUGCGAGUAGGAGAGAGUGCACAUCGGUUCCAGCCCAUCCGACCUGGCAGGAUUUUGUUGUCUCUCAUUUCUACUCCACGAUCUCCUCUCUCUCUCUCUCUCUCUCUCCUCCCCGUAACCGGCAGCUCAGCGUCACAUCGUUGCACCUACUUCUACUACUCCCACCACUACCUCCUCCUACACUCGAUCGACCGAUCCAUGAUACGACAGACUGCAUCCUGCGUGCACGCACAGAGGGAGGGACGGACGGAUGGGUUGCUGAAAUCCGAUCGAUUGCGAGAGAGCAGUUUCGUCGGACUUUCAGUUGCAACGCGAAUAACGCCAAGGAGUUCUUUCUCCGUCUCAAGAAACGCAGCCCCCGGAGGUCUGGGAGAUAGUUCCGCCCAUGACACUGACAGCCCUCUAGAGGCAUGUCACCAUUUCCAACUACCGCCAGCCUCAUCCGCCGUGACUCUUCCAACUUUCUACCGCCAGUGCUGCGGAUCCUCCUCUCCUAAUGUUAACACGGAGAUCCAGAACCACCAGAUGUACGCUGGGAUCAUCUGCAGGCACACGAUGGUAACCGACUGCUGUGUUCGCUUUUCACCUCGUCGUCACAGCACGGGAAAGAUCUAGAGUCGUAGACCUGCAGCUGCUGGAUUUCGAUUACGUCAAGCAUAAUUACUCGUGGGUGUGAUCAACUUUAAAGUAAGCGAGGUGUCAACGCCUAAGGAGCUCAGAUUUCAUGCGCAUCUGUAAUCAUUCUGCCGAUUGACAGUUUUAGUCCAUCAUCAUCAUCAGAAUCAGACGGCAGAGUGAAAAGUUGCAAGUCCGUCUCAGAUUCUCAACGGAAGCCACCCUCUGCUGGUCCUACUGUUGGGUAAGUGGAAGGAAUCUUUCGUAGAUAUUUCCCGUGAGAAGUAUGCGCAGAAGACGGUGGUGUAGAUGUCUUUCUCUCAUUCGUCCACCUUCCUUCGUCCCCAGACAGAGAGUCAGAAUCUUUCACGAGGAGCAUCGCCGAUUUGCACCACGUUUUCUACAUCUCCUCGUACACUCUGGAAUUGUUCUUCGACAUGUAGAGGCUCUUGCUCCAGGGCGAGCAGAUUUUUCUCGUCGUAUCCUCUGGGACGAGGCUUUGCCGCAAGGGGGCGGAGGGAAUGAAGGAAGGAAGGAAGGAAGGGGCGACAUAGCGGGGUGUGAUAUGCUGGAAGUGUCAAAAAAGCCGUCGCCAGCGCCACUGUUGAAAUAUCACUUUGCACUCGUCACUUCCUGCUGCUGCUACUGCCGCCGUUUGGAGGACGUCGAAUUUCAUGACGUUUUAAGUGAGAGAGAGAGUGAAGAUUCUUCGCGAGUUAUGGGCUUUGUUUGUUGCCCGUGUACAGGGCGUACAACGAGGCAGAGCGAGCGUACUUCGAUUCGGUGCCUGAGUUUGUGUCUGCUCCGUGUCAGAGACGUCUCCACGGCGAACCUCGUCCGUCCCUCCAGCCGGGUACGAAUAGUCGGCGGCUCCGAGCGGACUCCGUUAACCCUGGCCAUUGCAUUCUCACCAACUCUGACAGGAAAGGACUUCGUGCGUUAGUUUACGACUCGUGGCCGAAGUUGAACGGAAUCAAAUUUCUCUGAAAUUUCUGUAGGUUCCGUGCGGCGAUCAUUCCUGUCCAGACUGUGCUGAAUCUUUCAAUAUACAUGCCAUGUUUCAAAUGAAAUAUUUAAGAUCACAAUGUUACAUUGGAUAUAUCUCAUU